AUGAGUCAACAAACUUACAUUCGUCGUUCUACUUCUAAAUUUCAAGAAAGUUUAUGGGUCGAUUAUCGCGCUCAUCCAAAAUCUCAUAAUAAUAAUGUGAUUUCUUUUCUUAAUAUUAAAAACACCAAUUCUAUUCGUGAAAUUACUGCUGCGGCUAAUAUUUUAACUGCUAGGCAUGGUCUUUUAAGAAGUACUUUUCAUGAUACUGAAGAUAAUGGAAAAUCUACUAAACCUUAUAGAAAGGAAUAUCCUGCUAAUCACGAAAGAAUUGCUGUUCAAGUUAUGGAAAUUUCUGCUGAUGAAAGAGAAAAAAUUAUUAAAAAACCUUUCAAACUUGAAAAAAAUUAUCCUAUUCGUUUCUAUCUUUUUAUGGAUCCUGAUGGAAGAUCUGAAAAUAAAAUUUGUAUCGUUUCUCAUUAUAUCGCUGUUGAUGGUGCUGGUAAUUUUAAUUUAAUUCACGAAUUUCAAACUUUAAUGGCUGGAAAAAAUUUACCGGCUUCAAAACUUACUUUCGAUGAUUAUGUUAUGAAACAUGAUGAUUGGCUUAAUUCUAAUGAUGAACAAUCUGAGCUUUCCCAAUUUUGGUCCCAUCAAAUUCGUUCUACUAAAACUAUUAAAUGGCCAACAAAACGUGCUGCUACUUAUUGCUCUUUAGCUCCUCAACCUGAUGCUUGUUCUUAUGAAGUUUUUCAUAAAAAAGUUAAAGAUUUAAAAUCUUUGGGUAAAGUUUUUGGUGUUACUUGGUUCAAAGCUAUGUUUUCUGCUGUUUGGAUCACUAUGGCUUCUUUCAUUGACAUGAAUAAUGUUAAUUUAUGGAUUCCUUUCACUGGAAGAUGUAUGCAAAUCGGUAAUGAUAAGAAUGCUUUAUCUAAACUUAUCGGACAUUGUGUUAAUAAUAUGCCCGUUCAUCUUAACAUUGAUACCACAAAUCCAAUUAGUUUAAAUGCUUUCAUGCAACAAGUUUCAACUUUGUUGACUGAUGCAAAGAAAAAUGAAAUGUAUCCUCUUAUUAAUUUAGCAAAAUACGCUCAACAAACUUUAAAACGUCAACUUAUUCAACAAAUUUUAGUGGCUUCAACUCCAAAAAUGCCUAAUGGUUCUCGUAUGUGUAUCUUUAAAUCGGAAAUUGAACUUAUUUUCGAUUUCGUUCAACAUACUGAUGAAUCAAUUAAAUUAGUAAUUGAUUAUAAUCCUUCAAUUUUUGAUAUUGCUGAUAUUAAACAAAUCUCUUCUCAAUUCUUGGAAGUUAUGAGUAUGAUGAAAGGUUUCAGUAAUUCAUCUUUCAAAGUUCCAAAAAUUUUAUUAAAUAAUGGUUCGGCUCCGGAUAUUUCUACUCCUAAAUUUUCAACUAUUCAUGAAUUAAUUCAACAACAAGCAAAAGAAAUUCCUCAUCAAUUAGCUUUAAAUAUGGCUGAACUUAAUUUAUCAAUGACUUAUCAUGAAUUGGACACUAAAAGUAAUCAAAUUGCUAGAUAUCUUUCUCAAAUUGGCGUCACUACUGAAACUUUUGUCAUUGUUCAUAUGAAUCAAGAUAUGUAUAUAGUUCCUUGGUUAAUUGGUAUUCUUAAAGCUGGUGGUGCUUACGUUCCUGUGGAUAAAGAAUAUCCUGCUGCAAGAAAAGAAUUUAUUCUUAAAGAUUCUAAUGCUAUGUUCUUAAUUACUGAUGAUGAAGAUGAUGUUUGGUAUACUAAUUAUCCUGGUCAAGUUAUUCAUACAAGUAAAGCAAAUAUCUCAAAGUUAUCCAUUUCUGCUUUAAAACCUCAAAAUGAUGCUGGAAAUCUUUGUUAUAUGAUUUAUACUUCGGGAACAACUGGAAAACCAAAAGGUGUUUUGGUUGAACAUCAAAGUGUUACAACCCUUUUAACUGAUCCUAGAUAUGAUCAUUUUAAUCGUCAAGGUGGUGGUGUUAAAAUUUUACAAGCUUUCUCUUUCGCUUUUGAUGCUUCAUUAAUGAGUUGGGCUAUUGGUCUCGUUCGUGGUGCUACUGUUUGUUUCGCUAAAAAUCCUAAAUUAUUAAUUGGAAAUUAUUUAACUGAUAUGAUUAAACUUAAUGAAAUUGAAGCUAUAGCCGUCGUUCCAAGUGCUUUAUCUACCAUAUCACCUGAUGAUUGUGGUCCGACUUUGAAAUGGGUUGAAGUUGGUGGUGAAGUCGUUUCUUCAAAUUUAAUUAAAACUUGGAAAUCAAAAGUUGAAGUAUUCUUUAAUUGUUAUGGUCCUACUGAAGCAAGUAUUGUCGCUACUAAUUAUGAUAUUGUCGCUGAAAAUAAUCCCGUCUCUUUCGGUUCUUUAAUUGGUACUCCACGUCAACAAGCGGAAAUUUAUAUUUGUGAUCCGGAAUCUCAAGAAUUGGUUGAUGGUGAAGGUGAAAUAUGUAUUGGUGGUGUCUGUUUGGCUCGUGGAUAUCUAAAUCGUGAUGAUCUUACAAAGGAAAGAUUCAUCUAUCAUCCUCAAUUAGAAAAACGUAUUUAUCGAACUGGUGAUAGAGGUCGUAUACUUGAAGAUGGUAGAGUUAUAUUCUUAGGAAGAAUUGAUAGGCAAACAAAAUUACGUGGAUUCCGUAUUGAACUUCCUGAAGUUGAAACUGUGAUGAGUAGUACUUGUCCAGAAAUUUCUUUAGUUUCCGUUCAAGUUCAUGAAGCACGACAAACUUUGGUAGCUUUUAUUACACCAAAGAAUUUAGAUCGUGAUGCUGUUACCGCUAAAUUAUAUAAAGUAAUGCCAAAACAUCAAGUUCCAGUAAUCGUUCCUGUUGAUGAAUUACCUCGUACUCAUAAUGGAAAGAUUGAUCAUGCUGAAGUUAAAAAAAUGAUGCCUACAUUACUUGAAAAAUCAACUGCUGAAAAACUAUCAAAUUCAAAACCUCAACCACCUCAACCACCACAAAAGAAAGCUACUGCUUCAGGUGUUUUAAAGAAUUGGUCUACUAUAGUAGCUCAUUUACAAACUUUAUGGCAAGAACUUAUUGGAUUAAAAGCUAAACCCGAUAUUGAUACCACUUUCUUUGAUUUGGGUGGUCAUUCUUUAUUAUUGGUACAAUUACAUAAAAAAAUUCAACAAAUUCCAUCUGCUCCAAAAAUUGAUCUUAUGGAUCUUAUACAAAAUCCGACGAUUAGAGCUAUGGCAAAUCUUCUCACUCCUGUUGAAACUUCAAGUUCUGAAACUGUUCAAGAGAAUAUUAGUGAACCAAUUAUUGAUGAAAAAAAUACUGAUGACGACGAAAUAGCAAUCAUUGCAAUGACUGGUUACUUCCCUGGUGCUAGAUCAGUUGAUGAACUUUGGGAUUUGAUCUUAACAGGAAAACACGGAAUUCAUACAUUUACUGAUGAAGAACUUGAUGAUUUACAUGUACCCAUGAAUAUGCGAAAUGAUCCUAGUUAUGUAAGAAGAUUAGGCGUUCUUGCUGACAUUGAUAAAUUUGAUGCCCCAUACUUUAACAUUACUACUAAAGAAGCCAUGUCUAUGUGUCCUCAACAACGUUUAUUAUUGGAAUUGUCUGUACAAGCUUUAGAUGAAGCUGGAAUUGAUCCUGAAAAAGAAAAAGGUCGAAUUGGUGUAUUCGCCGGUGUUGUGGACAGUACAUAUAAUAACACAUCUAUGGAUUAUGCUAAACUUGACCCAGCUAUACGUCAUAGAAAUAUUCUUGGUGUUUCUAUCGGAAGUGUAGCAACAAGAGUUUCAUAUCAUUUGAAUCUUACAGGUCCAUCUUAUUCAGUUAAUUCUACAUGUUCCAGCUCUUCAACAGCAUUAAAAACCGCAUUAAACAGUCUUAAAUGUGGUGAUUGUGAUGUUGCAAUUGUUGCUGGCGCUUGUAUUCUUUUACCUCAAACUGGAUAUUUAUAUCAACCUGGAUUCAUUUAUUCUAACGAUGGAAUGUGCCGUCCAUUCGAUCAUCUUUCUCAUGGUACAGUUACUGGUAAUUCAGUUACAGCUCUCGUUUUGAAAAAAAUGUCAAGCGCUAUUAGAGAUAGAAAUCCUAUUUCCGCAAUUCUUAAAUCGGUCGCAUUUAAUAAUGAUGGAGCCAACAAACUCAGUUUUAUGUCGCCUAGUGUUGAUGGACAAUGUGAUGCAAUUAAAAAGGCUAUUCAAGCUGCAAAAAUUACUCCUACUGAUAUUUGUGUAAUCGAAGCUCAUGGAACAGCAACUAGAAUAGGUGAUCAAAUGGAAAUUAAAGGUCUUACGAAAGCAUUCAAUGAACUUACCCCCUCAACAAAAAGAAAAACACAAUAUU